GCAGAUGCUGUGGCGGCGCGGCGAUGGAACCCUGCGAGCUGCAGAACGAACUAGUGUCAGCCGAGGGCCGGAACCGGAAGGCGGUGCUGUGCCAGCGUUGCGGCUCUCGGGUGCUGCAGCCAGGGACUGCUCUUUUCUCUCGCCGGCAGCUUUUCCUCCCCUCCAUGAGAAAGAAGCCAGACCUGGCCGAUGGCAGCAAUCCUGAUGGUGAUCUCCUCCAGGAACACUGGCUGGUUAAUGACAUGUUCACCUUUGAGAACGUGGGCUUCACCAAGGACGUGGGCAACAUCAAGUUUCUGGUCUGUGCAGACUGUGAGAUUGGACCCAUUGGCUGGCAUUGCCUAGAUGACAAGAACAGCUUCUAUGUGGCCUUGGAACGAGUCUCCCACGAGUAACUGAGGGGAUAGGGACUUGGCUCCACCCUGGCUAUAAAACUCCCCCACAAGAACCAACACUGGACCUGGUGCAUCAGCUGUGCUGGCAGACUUCUUGGUACUAAUCUAAAUGAUGAGCACUGGUGUUUGCCCUUGAACCUGCAGAGGGCCGGUCCUGCUUCCGUCAGGCCUCAGAGAAUGCCUCCCACUUAGUCCUCUCUGUCACAGCACGUCCUGAAGCCCUCUCCCCUGUUUGGAACAUGGAAGAACAUGCAACUACUCUACCAGUGUAGUCUGGUCCCUGGCACUCCGCCACCACACACACCAUGACCCAGGGCUCUCUUCUCAACAAGAGCAGCAUUUGUCUUUUUAGCCAUGAUGACAGGAAGGCAGAUGCUCCCUCACUAAUAGUUGAAAGUCCACUUUUUCUCAUUCUAGAAGCCAAGUGUAAUAGGGUGCACACCUGUAAUCCUCGAUCUUGGGAGGUAGAGGCAGGAAGGUCAGGAGUUCAAGGUCAGAUUCAGCUACAUAGCCUGGGCCAGGUGAGAGUUGUCUCAAAAAACAUAAAGCAUACAAGUAUUUAAGAGUAACUUCAUUGUAUGUGACCUACUUGUUCACAGUAAUUUAUUCUUUUUAAAAGUAAAACAUUUACAAAUGUCAGUAUUUAAACCUAUUCAGAAACAUUAUUUUAGACACAUUUUCAAUACUGUGUUUGUGAGCCUUUCUUCUGGGUUGAUAGUGGCAUUUUAUAGUGAAGAUGAGCGUGACCCUUCUCCCCUCAGAUCUUGAUCUGUUUUCUUUUUUUAUUAGCUCCUUGCUACUGCAGUCUGUGUUGUCAACCCUAAGGGAAACUGAGCCCUAGCUGUGUACCAGGCUCUCUUGAAAUCAGAGUAGAGAGUGUAAGAUAUACAAGAGGUAGGCCUUAGCCAGUUCACACCUGGAUUAUUAGGAAAGACUUUUUAAAUACAGGUGUCGGGGUCCUUGGGAUUUCAGUUCACUUGGACUGUCGAUCCCGACCCAGAAUGCAAGCCUUUUCCACCGAGAUUUCUAUUGUUACAGACUCGGUGUCACCUUUUCUUAUUAGCCAACUUAAAUCUUCUACAUGAUUUCCAGUUACUUUGUCAUUUCUCUUCUGGAGUGAUUCAGUAGCUUAAAAGGACUCUGUAUAAACAGGUUCAAAUGCUGUGUCAUCAUCCCUUCCUCUGGGGGCCUGAAUUGAGAUAACUAAAGACCUCAUUAUUCCUCUAAUGCCAGUGCUUAAGUAGUGAGAGCAGAUCAAGAGUUCACGGUCAGCCUCAGCUGUAUAUCGAAUUCAAGGCCAGCAUGUACAACAUGAGAUCUUGCUUCAAAUGAACAAACACAAAAAAAACAAGUAGGAACUGGAAAAAUGACUCACAGUUAAGAAUGUUUGCUGCUCUUUCAGAGGACCUGAGUUCAAUACCUAGUACCCCCAUGGGAGGUUCACAGCUGCCUAUAACUCCAGUUCAAGGAGGUGUGCACCUUCCGGUCCCUGCAGUUGCCUGCACGUGUGGUGCACAUACAGACAAGCAGGCACACACAUACAAAUAAGGAAAUAAAAAUUUUACAGAUUAAACAAUG